GAGGCAGCGGCGGCGCGCGAGCGGCGGCGGUUGGUGCGCGCGCCAAGAUGAGUGAAUCUCUGGUGGUUUGUGAUGUUGCUGAAGACCUGGUGGAGAAACUGAGAAAAUUCCGAUUUCGCAAAGAGACCAACAAUGCUGCCAUUAUAAUGAAAAUCGACAAGGAUAAGCAGUUGGUGGUGCUGGAUGAGGAGCAUGAGGGUAUUUCUCCUGACGAGCUAAAGGAUGAGCUGCCUGAGAGACAACCUCGAUUUAUUGUGUAUAGUUACAAGUACCAGCAUGAAGAUGGAAGAGUUUCCUAUCCAUUGUGCUUUAUCUUCUCCAGCCCAGUUGGAUGUAAGCCUGAGCAGCAGAUGAUGUAUGCUGGAAGCAAGAAUAAGCUUGUACAGACAGCUGAACUCACUAAGGUAUUCGAAAUCAGAAAUACAGAAGACCUAACUGAAGAAUGGCUGCGUGAGAAACUGGGCUUCUUCCACUAAGGAAAACCUCUGUUCUAAGUAUUUAUGUACCCUCCUGGUGAUACUGGAACCAGACAUGAAUACUUACAUCCAAGCAAUGCACUGUAUUCACAGCUGUCUCCUGCAGUAUCUCUCUUGUGCAGAGUUUGUGCAAAGAAUAGCAGGUCUGUCUCCUUGAAGUAACAAAUCUUUGCAGGUGUUUCCUUAUUUGUACCUGCUAAAAGGGAAUACUCCUCUGCAGGGACUCCUUUUGCACUCCUGUGACUAAUAUUUCUGUAACUAAAAUAGUUCAGUUCUGGAUUUAUAACUGUGUACAAACAUCAUUUGGAAGCUGACGCUAACUUUUUCUGAGCUACAAAUGCAUCCUUAUGACACAUAUUAGCCAUUUAUAUGCAGAAUUUAUGUACUGUCACUUACCAGAUUUUUUUGACUUAAUGUCUUCUCAGUUUUGAAAACUACUCCCUGGAAGCAUUUGUUUGGUAUUAAAUAGUCAAAAUCCUCGUACAGCAAAUCCAUCCAUUUAUCUUCCUAUCGAGUCGAUGUGAACUGUCUCAAAUUCUUGGAACUAAUUUUUGUCGUUCCAGUAAUUCCUCAGUUGCCUGAGUCAAUCUUUCUAAAUUUCAGGGCAAAGCUUUGACUGUCCAGUUCUCAUGCUAAUACAGUCUCACAGGAACUAGCUGAUAACCAAGGGCUGAACUACAACUCUGGUUCCUCUUGUACCAGAUUUCUUCUUGCAUCUCUAUUCUGACACUGUUGAGAAGUUUACCUCUGCUCAUUUCCUGUUAUCUGAACACCUGGUGAUACUGUGUGCCUUUCAUUUGUUAGCUUUAAAAGGACUUGAGAAUUUUACACUGCCACUUCUUACAAAUUUGGUAAAAACUUUGUUAAAGAAUCCAAGUAAUAUUUGUUCCUAGUGCCUCGUGCUGCAGUUGACAUCUGUUAAAACAAAAAGCCAACCUCAUUUUCUUUGAAAUUCCAAUCAUCUGCUCCAUUUGUAGGAGUCAGGAGGUUAAAGCAUUUCAUGAUAAUGAACAAUUUAUAUCUCUUUUGUUACAAAAGUUGGCCACACGUAGCUUUUGAGUACUUUAAUUACAACCUCUAACUUUCUUAACAGCUUUUUGGUCAAAAUUACAUUCCAGAUGAAGCUUUUGCAUAAGUGAUCAUUUGAUUUUCAUCUACUUAACAGUUCAUCUCUUUGAAACAGCAGAUCUAAUGUGAAAAUAGUAUUUAACUUUUAUAAAUGACCAGUCUUUUUACAGGUCUGUUUUCUAUUGAAUAGAGUAGUUGUCUGAUGUGGGACACGUUCAGCCCGUGCUGUGGCAGGAGGAGCACUCAUGGGACAGACUCUCCCUACCUUGCUCGUGAGUGUUUGUUGUGCUACUGAACGAGUGUCUGCGUAAGAGCAGCUUCCUGUUGAUAACAUACCUUAAAAUAUAGCUGCCCCAACCAAUCUGCUCUCUGGGAAGGAAUGCAGUGUUAAAUUUGGAGGCCAGUAUUUCAUGCUGUGAAACCUUUGCUGCAAGUGGGGUUAUUUUUCAUUAGUCAACAUAGGCUGUGUUAGUGUUAAAACACUUAAUUCCUGCGAGAUCACAAGGAAUUAAUUUGCAAAGGUCUUCAGUGUUGGUAAAUCUCUUCCUAGUUUGAUGUUAUUGCUCAUUUAUUUGUAUAUAAAUCUGACUUGAGAGGAGCUUUUCCAAAUACAUGUUGGAAUGAUCCAAUUAAAUUGAUCUUUUGGUGCGGGAGAGAAGUGCUUGUAAUUAAAUUUCUGUGUUAACGUACUGAACUGGAAAAACAAUUUCAUUUCCCUGGACGAAGAAAUGUUGAUUAUGAAACUGUUGCUUGAUCAUUCUGUACUGCAGAUCAAUAAAAACAAUGUCUUUUGUGACAAGCAUUGUA